GCAGUCCAUUCCAAAAAGAAAACAGGACAUCAUGUCACAUAUUUUUGGUGCUGGAGACUCCAGUUCUGAUGAAAACGACAAAUUUAAAUUGGAUAAUGAAUAUGCAAAAAAGUAUGAUAGCUGGAGAAAGAAAGAAGAAUUAAACAGGCUUAAAACAAAAUAUGGUGAAGAUGUUUUGGAUGAAGAAGAAUCUUCUAGUUCAUCUGAUGAUGAAGAAGGCAUAGAAAUAACAAAGGACAUUGAAAAGGAUUUCUUCAAGACACUGGCUUGUCUGAAAAAUAAGGAUCCCAGUAUAUAUAAAAAGGAUGUAACUUUUUUUAGUAAGAAAGGAGCUGAUGUUAAAGUUAAGAAAAAGGAAAAAGAUAAACCUAUGUUUUUAAAGGACUAUGAAAGAAAUCUAAUUCUAGAAAAGGGGGGAGUACUAAGUGAUGAAGAAGAUGAAAAUGAUAGGCCCAGGACCCCCACUUACAAUGAAGAGCAAAACCAUCUUAAAGAAAGUUUUAAAAAUGUAAUGGAAGACAGUGACAAUGAAAAUGAGGAAACAUGGGGAGGCUUGUUUAAACAAAGGGAAAAAUCUAAAGCAGAGAUAACACAAGAGGAGGAAGAUUAUAAGCAAUGGCUAGUUGGCCAGAAAAAGAGCUUGGAUGAUGAAAAAAUGGAGAAAGACUUGAAACCAUUAAAGGAGUACUGGAAUAAACCUGACCUAGAAGAAGGAGAGAAGUUUUUAAGGGAUUACAUAUUAAAUAAAAAAUAUUUACAGACAGAUGAUGGUGACUAUAUACCCACCUAUGAUGAAAUCAUUCAUGAUUCUGAUAAGGAUUUGUCCAAUGAUGAAGAAAAUAUUGAAAAACAAGAUGAAUUUGAACAUAAGUACAAUUUUAGAUAUGAGGAACCUGAUCAAGAAUUUAUAAAAAGAUAUCCAAGGACAAUGGAAAAUUCACUGAGGAAAACUGACGAUAGAAGAAAAUUAAAGAGACAAGAGGUAAAGGAAAGAAAGAAAAUAGAAAAGGAAGAAAAAAUGCAAGAAGUGAAGAAGAUGCAAGAAUUAAAGUUGAAAGAAAUUGAAGAGAAAUUAGAAAAGCUCAAAGAAAUUACUGGAAAUGAAAGUUUGGGAUUUGCGGAUGCAGAUAUAGAUGGCGAUUUCGAUCCCGAAGAACAUGACAGAAAGAUGCAAGAUCUUUUUAAUGAUGAAUUUUAUAAUGCUCCUGAAGAUGAACAAAAACCAGAAUUUCCUGAUCUAGAUGAAGAAUUAGAAAUUGAAAACUGGGAACGUUAUAAUGGAGACAAUGAAAACACCAAUGAUGAUGGACCUCAUUGUGAAGAUGAAGACUUUAAUAUGGAUUGUGAUUUUGAUCCACAAACAUCCAAAUCAAUUAACGAUGAUGAUCAAGUACAAGGCAGAAAAAAGCGUAAGAGAAAAUCAAAAUUUGCUGUGGCAGUUAGCAAACCAAAACCAAAGUAUGAUCCAAAUGACAAGAAAUUUGAGAAAUAUUUUGAAGAAUAUUACAAGCUUGACUGUGAAGAUAUUAUUGGUGAUACUCCAUGCAGAUUCAAAUAUAGACAAGUUGCACCAAAUGAUUUUGGAUUAACAACAGAGGAAAUAUUGCUAGCAAAUGAAAGAGAAUUAAAUAAAUGGUGUUCAUUGAAAAAAGCAGUUCAAAUCCGAUCAGAUGAAGUGGAGAGAUAUGAACAGAUAGCGUACCAAAAAAAAGGUCAAAACAUAAACCUCAAGAAAAAGAUCAUUCCGAGCUUAUUUGUAAAUACCCCAGAAGACAAUGCAAGAAGUUCUAUACAAAACGUAGAUAAUAAUGAUAAUAACGCGAUAAAACAACCAGAAAAAGAAAGUGAAACAUUAAGUAAAUCCAAUAAAAAUACUGCCGAGAAGAAGAAAACGAAAAAACGUAAAUUAAGUGCAACGGAACCAACUGAAGAAAAUAAAACAUCUGAAAAUGGAACUGAAAGCAGUAAAAACGACACUUCUGCUGAAAGUAAAGAAGUUCAAAAAGAGUCCGAAAAUAAUUCAAAUAAAAAGAAAAAGAAGAAGAAGAAAAAGAAGAACUCCAUUGUAGAUAAUCACACAGAUACAUCAUCAGAUAAGGCAUUAAACAGUAACUUGCCAAACGAAAAAGGAGCCAUAGAAAUAAAUGGUAAUAAAUCAUUUAAUAAAAACAAAAGGAAACAUGCUGAUGGUCAAGAAUUUGGAAAAAGGAAAAAGCCUAAGUUUUCAAAGGAACAAAACAAAAGUCUUUCUAUAUCAGAUGCCAGAUUGUCCGCCUAUGGAAUUAAUCCUAAGAAAUUUAAAAAUAAAAUCAAGUAUAAACAGUAAUAUAUAUAUUUAUAGAAUAUGUAAGAAAUUGAUACAUAAAAAUAUAUUCUGUUAUUUUUGUUCAUUA